AUGACGGUGGAGGGGGGGGUCCCCCCGGGGCUACGAGAGGAGGCGCUGCAGCUCCUGCACAAACACUGGGGCCGAGACUGCUUGGUGCUCAUGUCGACGGGCAGCGGCAAGUCCCUGUGCUUCUGCCUUCCUCCCCUGCUGGCUGGCGGUCACGGCCCCGGCGUGGCCCUCGUGGUCAGCCCGCUGAUCGCUCUGAUGGAGGACCAGGUGCAGGGCCUGCGUGCGCGGGGUGUCCCUGCCGCCGCCCUUUCCUCCUCGCUCCCCACCCAGCAGCGGCGCGACCUGCUCGCCGACCUACAGGCGCCGCGGCCCGAGACGCGAGUCCUGUUCGUGACCCCGGAGUACCUGGCCACCGCGCCGGCGGACGCGCUGCUGGGCGGGCUUGCGGCCGCGGGGAAGCUGACCCUGUUUGCGGUGGACGAGGCCCACUGCAUCAGCUCCUGGGGCCACGACUUCCGGGCCAGCUACAGGAAGCUGGGCUCCCUCAGGUCCCGCUUUCCAGAGGUGCCCAUCAUGGCCCUGACCGCCACGGCCACCGCCAGGGUCCAGGACGACAUUGUCUCCCAGCUCAGGCUUCGUGACCCGGUCAGGCUGGCCUCCUCCUUCGACCGGCCAAACAUACACUACUCCGUCGUGUACCUGGACAUGGCCGCCUCAACACCGUUCCUGCCCGCCACCCCCGCCCACUCCGCCGAGGGAAGCUCCCCCCGGGAGCAGUGGGCCGACGACGACCCAGCGCCGCACGUCACGCGCCUGCUGCAGCAGCACCGACCGCGCGCGGCCAUUGUGUACUGUCGCUCCAGGGAGCUGGUGGAGAGCGUGGCGCUCGCGCUCGCCAGGGCCGGCACGGCGGCGCGGCCCUACCACGCCGGCCUGGGCGCCGCCCAGCGUGCCGAGACGCAGGCCGCCUGGUCGGCGCGCCAGCUCCCCGUCAUCGUCGCCACCAUCGCCUUUGGCAUGGGCAUCGACAGACCAGAUGUGGACCUGGUGAUCCACGCCACCCUGCCCAAGUCCCUGGAGGGCUACUACCAGGAGAGCGGGCGCUCGGGGCGUGAUGGCUCCCCCGCCCGGGCCAUCCUGCUCUGCUCCCACCGGGACUGCGGGGCGCUGCGCUACCUCGCGGCCCUCGAGCUGCGGCGUGCGGCGCAGAAGGGAGGCGGGGCCGCGGGGAGGAGUGCGGUGGGCGGAGUGCGCGGCGCGGGCGCCGGCGAUGCCUCCGACGACGCCUCUCGAGACGCCUCCGGCCCCGUGGUCGACUACUGCCUGGUGGCCCGCUGCAGGCGCCGGGCGCUGCUCGCCCACUUUGGCGAGUGGCUGACCGUUGGAUCGGGGAAGGCCGGCGAGGCUUUGGGCCACGGGUGCUGCGACGUGUGCGACGCGCCCGCCGCGGUUGCCUUGGCUGCGCGGGCGGCGGCCCUGGGCCCCAGCACGACGCCGCGCCUCGCCCGCCCCGGGCACACCCAGGAAGGCAGGGCCCCCGACCUCCUGGACUUUGAGCGGGAGCGGCCGCACGAGGGCUUGGACUUUGAGGACGACCCGGACAGGCGGGAGGCGGCGUGCGAGCGGCGCCUCGCCUCGGCCAUGGGGGCCAACCCCGCGCUGGCGCCGCAUGCCCACGCCGCGGCGCGCCUGGCGGCCACGCUGUUCGUCCCCGGCGCGGCGCUGGCCACGGUCAAGGCGCGCGCCGCCAACUUCAUCCUGCGGGCCUCCCGGGCGGGGCGGGUGGAGGACGUCGUUGGUCUUCCCCAGGUCCUGGAUGCAGACGGUGCUGGUGAUGUGCUAUUGGGGCGACAGCCAGAAGCAGGAGACGGGAGCCAGACCGACUCUGCCAUCGCGACCGCCCUGGAGGGCAUCGCCAGAGGCGGCCAGGCCCUGAAGAUGGGCGGCGAGGUGGGCGACGCGCUCGCGCUGGAGGGGCUGCUCACUGGUCUGGUGCGCCGUCCCAUCUCCGCCGCCCAGCUGGCAGCCUCCGGAGCGGGCAAGGGCGCGCGGCGCCUGCAGUCCCACCCCUGCACGCGGGUGGCUCAGGCGGCUCGAGACCUGGUCGAGCGCUGGAAGGCUGGGCUGAUGAAGCAUGGCUAG